AAGUUCAUGCGGGCAGAUUCACUCGAGAGCAGCACUACGAGAGCAGGCUUGUGUUAAAAGAAUGGUGCUUAACACCAAGACAGCGACAUAACGCGAUAUAAAUGAGAAAAUAACCAUCUUUAAAGUGGGGAAUUUAUCCAAAACACUAGUGAUUGUAAUUAGACGUUGUGUUUGCAUUAGAAAAUCUGUUUAGUGUUGCUGGCAUCUGCACCUCUCUUGGAACACCGAGCAAUUAAGAUGGCUGACUCUAGCAGCAGUAAACCCUUUGUGGUAACUUCCUCUGUGUCCCUCAAAGUCACCGGCCCUUCCUUCUACAACCAACCCAAAAAGUUUGCGUCAGUCGCACCACCACGGCCCAAAGGACAGAUCACCCAAUCGCAGCACUCGUCAGUUGUAAGCACAGGCGUGAUUGGGCGAGUUGGAGAGAUGCCCCCGCCCCCUUCAGCUGUUUUGCGAAUGUAAUGAAUUUCACUGUCGUUCAUUAGACUUCCCACCCCUCCACCUCCGCUGGAUGAUGCCGAGCUCCCAGCGCCCCCUCUGGAAUGCCAAAUCACACCCCCUGCAUCUGAUGUUCCGCCUGCAUUCCCAGCCCCACCCCCCGUCGCAGAAGACCUCCCCCUGCCUGCACCUCCUGAGGAGUUAUCUUCCGUACAUUCUGCCCCCUUCCCGCCUCCCCCACCACCACCUCCUCUUCCUGUGACUGGUGCGGGUGGCAACUCUCAGAGGCUGCUUGAGAAACAGACAAGUUUUGACAGGCAGCUGGGCUCUUUGACUGAUAUGUUAUCGGAGAUGGAGACUAGUGGGCCUUUCAAUCCAAAGUCACGUAGCCAAGUUUCACCAGCGCCAAAGCCAGUGGCACCACCACCAACUGCCCCCAAGCCCAGCCUUUCCUUUCUGCCCCCUCCUGAGCUGCAGGAUCGGCCUCCCCCUGCCCCCUGGUCUGAGGAGCUACGUGCCCGUACAACAUUCCGACAUGCCAAUCCAAGUCCACUCUCUGCCCCCGCCCCUUCACAGUCAUUGGCUAAAGGCCCAGCUGUUGCUCCUAAAACCAGUUUUACUCCCAUUCAGCCGAAUUCAAAUUUUAAAACAGUGAGUCCUGCACCGUCUGGAGUUGCAAGAGGUUUUAAUCAUGCCGUUAAAACACCUGCCCAAAGUUCAUUCCCACCACCUCCUCCUGCUGCUCCUGUUGCUCCUCCUGUUGCUGCUCCUGCCCCUGUUGCUCCUCCUGCCCCUGUUGCUCCUCCUGCCCCUGUUGCUCCUACUGUUGCUCCUCCUGCCCCUGUUGCUCCUCCUGCUUUCAAUCACACUGUAACAUCUCCCAUUGGCAGCCAGAAAAAUGUUGCUCCUCCUCCUCCAGCUGCACCUCAGCCAAAGACAUCUUUCAACAGGCCAACAGGAAAAACUGUUCCACCAAAGGCGUCUAAUUCAGGUUCAGGACCUGGUGGAGCUCCUCUCACCAUGAGGGAAGUAGAAGAGCUGGAGAAAAUGACCAAGGACUUCAUCAAAGACAUGGACAAACAUCCACCUUUGAUUAUCUCUCCUGCUACAGAGGUGUGUGGUAAAUGUGGAGAGGGUCUGUCCAGAUCUCAGCCCGCAGUCAGAGCAAUGGAUAAACUCUUCCACUCCGAUUGUUUCUGCUGCAUUACCUGCCGGCGCCCCCUACAGGGCAUGCAGUUCUACGACCGUGACGGCUCGCCUGAGUGUGAGGACUGCUACACGAACUCUUUGUCUGUGUGUGCUCGCUGCGGGGAGCGAAUCGCAGAUCGUGUCCUGAAGGCAGUGGGACAGUGUUUCCAUGCCCACUGUUUCCGCUGCACUACCUGUAGCUGCUCCCUGGAGGGCGCUCCAUUCAUCACUGAUGAUGAUAAUAAUCCCUAUUGUGUCAAAGAUUACCAUCGCCGUUUUUCUCCUCUUUGCGUGAGCUGCAAUGAGCCAAUUGUUCCCGACCCUGGAAGUGAAGAGACAGUCAGGGUUGUUGCUUUAGAGAAGAACUUUCACCUGAAGUGCUACAGAUGUGAGGAUUGUGCUCGCCACCUUUCCAUAGAGGCAGAUGCUGAUGGCUGCUACCCAUUGGAUGGCAGAAUUCUGUGCAUGAAGUGCCACACACAACGAGCCAAGCAGGCCAAGCAGUGAUUGGUGGAAACAUGCCAGAAACCUAAACCAAAUUUAAGAGACAAAUUUGGCACAGCUUUGAUAAUGUAUUUGCAACAUGGCUUUGUGUUUUAUAUUCCUCUCUAUAUCUUUUUGGCUUCCCAUUUUCUUGCUUUUGUUCUACAAAGCUCUGCUGGCUUCCCUUUUCUGGAUGGUCUUAUUUAGAGCAGAGCCCAUACUUACCCUCCAAACCAUGUUCUCUGUCUUGAUAGGGCUUGAUAUGUGUGAGCAUAAUAGUAGUGCCUCCAUCUUUUCUUCAUAUUUGCUGAAUGUUGAGCAUAUGACACAAUUUCACCCCUAGAUUAUUUAAUAUGCUGUGUAUUAAGUGUGGUGGUGUAGAAGUAAUUUUAGGGUGGAAUUCAUUAGCUUUUUAGACCUAAUUCUCCCUGAGUCAGUGCAGAAGUAAUGUACUGCACUGCAGUCUUGGUUCAAUGAGCCAUAUGACUCCCAGCAUGCCUUUUAAAAAAACAUCCAUAAAUUGUAUCACAGCUAACUACUGAGGGGACACAUAAAGUCUGUAAAUCCACAGCAGUCCAUGCACUUUCAAUAGGGCUUUUCCCAAACAUACUUUUUAGUUUUUAGAAAGGCUUGAGGACAUAAAUGUAAAAGAAGCCAAAACAAUUGGAGGAAAAGGGGGAAGCAAUGCUAUUUGUUAUGCAUGCAUGCUUCAUUUAUGGAACUGUUUGCCAGUAAUUUGACCACAGAGGUAUUGAACAAAAUAUGUGAUGAUACAAUGGAAUAUGUUUGCAUUGAUUAUCAUAGCCUGUAUCAACUGAAGAUCAAACAUUUUCUGCAACUGUUUUCCAUUCCAUUGUUUUAAGAACAUAACACAUUUUGCCAGAGGUAUUUAGUGAUUUGCACAAUUGUAGAUAGAUUUAAUGAUUACGUUUUUCCAAAGAAAAGGCACAUCGGUCCUUAAGCCUGUUGUAAUCUUUACAUAGACAUUCUGUAAUGAGUCUAUGAUAAGGCAUUGUAGCUACAGCUUUUUAAAAAAAUUGUCUACUAGCAAGUAAAAUAGUAUUAUGUGCACCAAGGCUUUAGAGGAUCCUUAACUAGAGCCUUCUCAUUGUAUACAGCAGAAACGCUUCUACAUCUUAGAGCUGUAAAGAUACUUUUUUGCAAAUGUUUGGUCAAAACAAAACAAAAAAGCCAACAGUGUUACUGUAGACACAGCUGAUUCAGCAUGAUUGUAAACUAAUUAAACGGAAAGGUUUCUCAGAAAGGUUUUAAACUGUAGUUCAGUCACACACUUCCAACUUUUGCAAUAUUCACAUGUUAGUUUAUUGAUUAGUUGUUCUGUUGAAACUUUACAACAAAAAUGAUCUGUACUGUAUUUUAGUCAGACUAACACCACUGUUGUUCAUUUUGGCUUUAAGGUAGCUCGAAUAUCACUUUGAGAAUUACGUUACUGUUUUUACAUUGCUCAAAAACAUUCUUUUCUCAUCUAUGUGUGUCUCCCCCUCUUGGCUCUCCUGUCCAAGAAAUUCUAGUAGUUGAUGUAGCCGAAUAAAAAAUAAAGUAUCCUUUCAUAAAAAUAAACAAAGAAAUGACCAAAUCUAACACAUUAUGCAUGAUAUGUUGCUUUGUUGUUAUUGUUGUGUAAUAGCAGUGUUUUUAUACAUGUUUCAUGUUCCAGUAAGAAUUGACUGACCUUUUGAACACUUCUGAUUUAGCCUCCCAUGUAUUUCACAUUUACAUAAGUGCUUUGUCAUUUUUUGUAAACUGAACAUCAAAAUUCUUCUCUAAUAUGUGAAUGUGUGUAUGUUUACGUCGAAAGUAUGCCAGCGUAUUAUUUUUGCUAUCAUUGUUUUUCUUCCACAUUUGUUCUGUAUUCUAAACUAAUAAAAAGUAAAAUUCUGAUUGACAGUUUCAAUA